UUGUCAGAUUAAAACCACUUUCUAAAUAUUCAAUACGCACUUUCUAAAUAUUCAAUACGAAUUUACAAAUUGGAUGUGGGGGACCUGAUGCAUGAAGCAAUAUGAAGUAAAACUGUAUCUAGUGGCAUUGAUUGCUUCAGAGGUUCCUAUUGUGUGGAACAGGCUUUUCCAGUGUCCCAACUAAGCCUCUAUCUCAGGGCCUAUUGAUUGCUGGUCCCCCGAGUGUAUUUGCAAUAUUGUGUAUUGAUCACUACAGCUAAGGUUUUAUAUUAGUUACACACUUUCAGCAGUCAGUUCCAAUUUGUUUCAUGUUUUUGGGAAUAACUACUUUCAUUUAAUCACAAAUUACUUGCUGCUGAUGUGAGACGAAGAAUUAGGAAGCAGUAGCCAUUGUUGCCAUAGAGAAGGGCAUAGUAACACAAAAUGGCAGCAUUCAUUGCUAAGCAGAUGGUUGGUAACCAACUGAAGUCAGUCAAAGAUAAAAUUUCUGGAGCCAUAGGAGGAGGAGAAAAGGAUGAGGGAGGAGACAGUAAGGAAGAUGGAGGAGGCGGUGGAGGGGAGGAUCCGGAGGUGGAGGAGAUGAGGAGAGAGGCCGAGAGGAAGCGGAAAGAGAAACACGAAAAAGCCGAGGCCGAAAGGGAGGAGCUUCGACAGUCCAUCAGAGAUAAGUACGGAUUAAAGAAGAAGGUCCCUGAGGAGGAGGGGAUGAUGGGUAAUGACGACACGGGAGGGAGGGUCGGGAGGAAGAAGAAGACCCCCGCGGAGUUAGCGGCGGAGGCCGCGGCAGACUCUGAGGAUGAAGAGUUCACAAUGCCAAAAAAUAUGGAUGAACUGAAAAACAAAGUGCAGGACAUUCCACAAAAACUGGCUCAAAGUGUUGGUGAAGUGACUGAAAAGUGUUCUCUACAGUAAUUAUAAACUGUGGAUUGGUUCAUAUUCUUCCAGUUGUGUGUGACAUAGUACUCCAUAUUGGGAAAAUUACACAAUAUGGCAGCAGAGAAUUUGUGAAAGUUAAAAUAUGCACACUGCUGUAGAAGAGCAGUUCAUAUCGUGUUUACUGUGUAAUGUUACUUUAGUAUGCAAUAUAGACUGUCACUGUUGUUAAAAUAGAUGUUAGCUGCGCACAAUGAAAAUAAAAGUUUUUAUUUUGAAACGUUAAUGUUCCCCUGUUGUAAGCAGUAUUCACAGAAAAAUUCUAAUUCGGAGGUGUUUGUUAUUCGCACUGAAUAAUAAUGGCAAGUGUAUAUAGCUGUAUUAAAGUAUAUUGUCACACCGGAUGAGCAUAUUAAGUGAUAUUAUUACUUGUUAAUUCUAAUUUUUUUGUUCAUUUCUUCUCAAAUGUUUUCAACAUUUGAUUUUUUAUGUUGAAAACGAAAGAUCCUAAUUUGCAAAUCCACUCUAAAAUCUAUAGGAAAUAUAUAAUAUUAAACUUUUGCAGAUAAAUAUUUGACAUUGUAAGUUUAUUUGUUAGUAUUAAAUUAAUUUUUUGUAUGUGAUAUUAUUGUUUACAUUCCUCUGUACGGUUCUGUUUUGUAUUACCUCAUUGAUUAAUCGAUCAUUUCUUGUUUUGUUCCUUUUACAGUUUACAAUUUAUUUUGGUUACAAAACUUUUGGGCUUUUCUAGAAUACAAUAGUUUGCACCAGUAGCUCUCUGUAAUUUUCAAAUCUUCAUAUCUACCAUUUAUCUUUUUAGUAUAAACUCCUGUGCUCCAAAACAGUCUUAAAAACACAAUGUCAGUUAUUGCUUUGAAAACAAUUAUACAUUGUCAAAUCUUUUAUCUCAAAUUCGAUGGGACCAAGAAAAAACUGACAUAUAUUGAGGAUAAAGUACAUGAAGAGUAGGGUCAUCUUUUAAAAAUUGUUUGGUUGCCUUCUCAUGACCGACUGACUAAAAAUGGCCCAACUCAAAACCUUUCUUUACAUUCCAUGACACAAUAUUUUUUCUUUGAUUUCUCUUAUCCAGUCAACAAAUUUCUUUAAAUAUUCUGAAAAGAGAUUUUUUUCACCUAACUACAGACCCAAUUAUUUUACCCUGAGUCAGGAGAGGGCAAGCAAACAUUAUUUUAUAGAUGUGGCCUAGUAAUUUUUAAAAGUCUUUGAGCUCAAUUUGACAUACUGAGUAUUCAUCAAGGUUCAGCUUAGAAAUUGAUGCUGGAGAUAAAGAAACUGAGCUUUUUUUUUUAAUCUCAGGAUGAUAAUUCUAUGACAGUAAUUUUGUUUUCAUUUUUUCCUUUAAUUUGUUUUGGGUUAGUGUUUAUUUAUAUGUUUUUUUCUGGAGCAUAAUACUACCUUGUUAUUUUUGACUUUUUUUUCUGUUAUUUGUCUUUUUCUGUUACUUCAAGGGUGUUAUCUUAAGUUUAUUAAAAAUGAACUGUAUGUAUUAAUAUGUAGAUAAUUCAAAUAUUUAAAAGUUCAAUAUUGUAUUGAUAUUACUUAAAAAAUGUCAUUUAUGCACGUUUAUAGACUUGUAAUGAUUAUCUAAGACACACAAGUACAUGUUCUUUUAUUCAGGAAAUAGUGGUAUUCGAUACCAAAGUGACAAUAAUUUGGGCUUUAUGCAAUGCUUAUUUUUUAAUGCAGAUUUUUCAUAUCCAUUUUCUAUGCUGCAAUAUAGAUCCAAAAAAUCGAAUAUACUCGAAUCACUAGACCACCAAUAUGUACAUAAGAUUAUACACGUUUGUAUACCAAAUAUGUCAUCUUAAAAUUCGUGAUGUGGAUUCUCACUGUAAAAUUUAUUUUUCAAUCGGCAAAAUGUGUUAUAUGAUACAUGACUAUAUGUUUUUUGCCAUGUUUAUUUUGCUGUGGUUCCAUUACCCACAUGCAUGAUUCUCAAGGACACAUGUCUGUGUUCUAGUUGUGACUGAAAUCUGUUUACAGCUUCCAGUUGAUUUAAUGUAGACUUAGGCUGUUUAGCAGAUGGUAUAUGUACAUGUAGGUGUUCUGUAUGGUUUCUGAAACAAUCAGUAGAAAGUUGUUAUUGAUAAAUUAAACAAAAUAAAACAAAAAGUCAC